UGUUUUGAUAGUAAACACGUUCUACCGAUCUGUGUACAUUAAACACCCGUUUGAUAAGAUAAUCGAAAGUACACCACAAAACACUUGUCAGAUUUAAAGAUAUUAUUCCCUCUCAGACCCCGUCCAACAACGAAAGCAAAAUGUGUGACAAUAACUCUUGCGUGGGUUGCAAAAAUCCCUAUACCUACGAAGACGUAGAAAAAAUCGCCAACUUCCUGAGGUCAAAAGUGGACAUUAAACCCCGCAUAGGUCUAGUUUGUGGAACCGGUUUAGGUGGCAUUCCUGCACUGAUGACCGACACUGUAACUUUCCCUUACGGAGAAAUCCCCAAUUUCCCCGUCAGCACAGUUGCCGGCCAUGACGGCAAACUCAUCAUUGGCUACCUCUCAGGAACCCCGAUCGUGUGCAUGCAAGGACGCUUCCACUUCUUCGAAGGCUACCCCCUCUGGAAGGUCGUUCUCCCAAUCCGCGUCAUGAAGAUCCUCGGAAUUUCGAUCUUAGUGCUCUCCAACGCAGCUGGAGGGAUCAACAGUUCCUACUCCAUCGGGGACAUAAUGUUCCUCAAGGACCACAUCAAUUUCGUGGCUCUUGGAGGCCACAACCCUCUCCAAGGGGACAACGAGGAAAAAUUCGGUCCCAGGUUUGUGGCCAUCAAUGAUUCGUACGACCGGGAGAUUCUCAAGCUAGCCAAGAACACGGCGAAGGAGUUGGGGAUGAAGGGGGUGCAAGAAGGGGUGUAUUGUUGUAUCGGGGGGCCGAGUUUUGAGACUGUGGCGGAAUUGAGGGCUUUGAAGAUGUUAGGGGGCGAUGCAGUCGGGAUGUCCACGGUCCACGAAGUGAUAACGGCGAUGCACUGCGGGAUUAAAUGUUUCGCGUUUAGUUUGAUCACGAAUAAGUGUCCCAUGGAGUACGACGGGAAGAACACGCCGAACCAUGAGGAGAUUCUGGAUGUGGGGAAGGAGAGGCAGGAUGAUGUGAGGAAGUUUGUGGAGAGGUUGUUUAAGAAUUUGGCGCAGUUUAAAGUGAAAUAGAAUUUUGGUAACAUUUUUUAUAUAUUUCAAUAAAAUAUCACAUACCUAUGAUUACAAUAACA